UCUCUGUUCCGACUAGUUCAGGUGCCCAAAGAAACAAAAGUGGACGCGUUCGCUUGUGCUGUGCCUCCUCGUCCGGGGGACUACCGCCCCCUCCAUUUACCUACCCGAGCCUUUUAGAACAAAUUCGCUUCAAAUUGGACUCCCCGAACGGGAUUAUUUGUCACAAGAAGAAUUUUGGAGGUGAAAACAAGGGACGGAAGUUUGCGGCGUUUUUUCCCCCCCCUCACGUCGUAUCCCUUCUUCCCGGUUCCUCCUCCCACUUUUCAAUUUCGCAACUCUUUAUUUUUUUUGUUUUGUUAAGACGUCCCAGCACACGUGGCGCUAUUUUUGCGCUAUCUACUAGACAGAAGCUGAACGUGGAUUCAAGUGGAUUAAAAUUUAUUUUUAUUUGUUAUUUUUUUUGCACCUUCGACGAACUACUGAAUAUCCUCGGCAGCAUCGCAAAUAUGUGGCGAGAUGAGGCCUCUGUGGUUCGAAGGCAUCUCAUCUGUGGACCAGUAAACCUCACACACUUACUCCUUGGAUUAUAGUUCCCCCUCUCAUGGGCACAAUACAUGGACUAGUGGCCCAUGUGUAGCAGGGCAUCAUCUGCAGCUCGUGGGAUCACAUAGCCCUUGACUUUUUUUUGGGGGGUCAGAUUACUCCUCCAAGAGGCGAAGGGACCGCCCGCCUCGGUUGUCUCCCCUCAAAGCCGUCGACCCCCGUUACCUGAUGGCGUUGCUCAGGUUGUUCAGGAAGCCGGGGGGCAAUCUGGGGAAGUCCUACCAGCCCGGAAGCAUGCUGUCUCUGGCCCCCACCAAAGGACUGCUGAACGAGCCGGGCCAGAACAGCUGCUUUCUCAACAGCGCCGUGCAGGUCCUGUGGCAUCUUGACAUCUUCCGACGCAGCUUGAGGCAGCUACCUGGCCACUUCUGUUUAGGAGAGUCGUGCAUCUUUUGCGCAUUAAAGGGCAUAUUCUCCCAGUUCCAGCACAGUCGGGAGCGCGCGCUGCCAUCAGACAACCUGCGUCACGCCUUGGCGGAGACCUUUAAGGACGAGCAGCGCUUCCAGCUGGGCUUCAUGGACGAUGCCGCCGAGUGCUUUGAAAAUAUACUGGAGAGGAUCCACCUGCACAUCGUGCCUGAAGAGACUGACGCGUGCACCUCAAAGUCUUGCAUCACCCAUCAGAAGUUUGCCAUGUCGCUUUACGAGCAGUCAGUGUGCCGUAGCUGCGGGGCAUCCUCUGACCCGCUGCCGUUUAUAGAGCUGGUGCAUUACGUCUCCACCACUGCACUCUGCCAACAGACGUUUCAGCGCAAGGACGAUUCCUUUGGAGAAGUGUUACAAGCGGCGUGUACAGUCGGAGACCUUCGUAACUGUCCCAGCAAAUGCGGCCAGAGGAUUCGGAUCAGGCGUGUCCUCAUGAACUCCCCGGAGAUCGUCACCAUCGGCUUCGUGUGGGAUUCGGACCAGUCGGACCUGACUGAGGACGUGAUCCGCUCGCUGGGGCCUCACCUCAGCCUGUCUGCGCUUUUCUACAGGGUGACCGACGAGCACGCCAAGAAGGGCGAGCUGCUGCUGGUGGGGAUGAUCUGCUACUCCAGCCGCCACUACUGUGCCUUCGCCUACCACACCAAGUCCUCCAAGUGGGUCUUCUUCGACGACGCCACCGUGAAAGAGGUUGGCUCCAGGUGGAAAGAUGUGGUCAGCAAAUGUAUUAAAGGUCACUUCCAGCCUCUACUGCUUUUUUACGCCAACCCGAACGGCAGCGCCAUCGCGGCACAGGACGCGUCACAGCACAACCUGAGCCAAACGCAGUACCCUGAGAAUGGAGAAGGUUUGACAUCUCCACUUUCGUCGCCCAAGAAGCUGGAACUGACCAAGGAGAAUCUGAAUGCUCUGCUGGGUCUUCCAGCCUCAUUAAAACAGAAAACCCCUUCCACCUUUAGCCACAACAGUGCCCAUACUAGUGGAGGACGGGGCGCAGUGAAAAUUGGCGCCAGUGAUCCCAAGCGUAAAUUCCGAGAGAUUGUCAGGGAAGCUGCGCAGCGAGCCAGCGGAGUGGCGCAUCCAGUCGGAAGAGACUCUGAUCCAAGCGGUCAGCGCCGGCCGGAAUCACGCUACACAGAUCCGGGUCAAGACCGCGUCUACUCGCGCUCUGCCUCCCCCCCGGAAAACGGUUUCAAGCAACACAUAGAGCCUCGUCUGUACAGCAGCCAGGGUAAAGGUACCACGCGGAAUGACCGCCCGCCCCAACUCAGCACCAGGCCUUCUCACAACACCCUUCGCACCAGCUCGAGGGUUCGCGUGUUACCCAGCGUGCCCGUAGUGAGAAGCGCUCACGACAGCAGGAAAUCGGACACCAACGGCUACGACACCGACAGCAGCCAGGGCUCUCGCGGGCGUCCCGGCAGUGCGGGGAACGGUCGAAGCAGAUCCAGUCGUCCCUGGAAGCCCAUGCGAGAGGCGCUCAACGUGGACAGCGUGUUAAGCGGCGAUGCCGAUGCAGCCAGCCCGGAGCGGCGGCAGCAAAGCCCGCGGCGACGGCCCAGCGGCAAGUCGCCGACGCGGGAGCGAGACUGGGAGGCGAUGUGGGGUGGGCGGGAGGAGCGCAAGCCCAAGAGCCUCAUGACCAUUUACGAGGACGACCAGAGGCACGACAGCGGCAGCAGCCGCGGCUCGCCCGACUCGCUCGGCCGGGGCGGCUACAUUGACAAGGACAGGUCGAAGGGCACGGCCACUCUGAAAGUCUACAACGACAACUGGAAGUUCCAGCGCACGGAAUCCGGCUACGAGAGCAGCGACAGAAUUAGCAAUAGCUCCGCAAAUCUGGACUCACCCGUUGUGGAGAACUUUCCGCCCAAAGAACUACGGCCCAUACCUGAGCUGCAGCUGAGCCGGGAUCAAUUCCCUCCGAGAGGAAGUGAUGACAACGUAUUGCCCGCUACCUUUUCCACCGGUGAAGAAGGGAGAAAGUCCCCGGACCUGCGUGACUCAAACAAGCUUUUACAGAGAAAACGAGCCUUCCGAUACACUCCCGGAGUCUUACAAACCAAUGGCCCCGACAGCGAAAGAGAAGAUAACACCGAUAGUCCGGCGAGCCCGGUGCCGCCUUACUUGACGAAGACCAGCAGUUCUGAGUGGAUCAGCUCGGACGACCUCGCCGGACCAUUCUCUGAACAUGAGGACUCACCCCCUCCGCUUCCCCCCAAACCCUUUGGUCGCGAUCACGCCGACCCGUCGGAACCGCCGGAAAUACCGGCCCGUCGGCCCCAAAGCGCCACGCCCGCGCUCUCGCACAACACCCUGAUCCGCUGGAUCGAGACACCCGCCGAGCGCAGGCUCUCAUCUGACGGCGGCUCCGGCAGGUCCUCGGACCACGACCGCAACGACCUGUCGGCCGGCGAGAGCGAAGAGAGGCCCCCCGGCCGAGAAGACGCGGACUCCCCCGACGUGGUUCUGCCCACCACUUACUUCUCCGUGGAUAACUGCAUGACAGACACUUAUCGGGCCAAAUACCACAAGAGGCCCGCCUUGUACAUGAGAGCCGAGGAGCACACGUCUUCAGGGGAGAGCGACGUGGACGCCAGAGGACUUCCCGUUUCCAAUGCUGAGCCGUCAGAACUCCCCGCUGACCGACCGCAAGCAGGCUAUUCCGCUUCUAGCAAGCCCGUAGCAAAGUGGAACCCGGUGACCCCGAAAGGACUCGAUGAGCACGGGUUCGUGUAGGUGGAGCAAAAGCAACAACAAGCCUGUGACGGGAUGCCAAAACAACAACAACAACAAACCAAUCGCUAUGCAUUACGACUGUUGUACAGUUUGAAUGUCUUGAACACGAAUGUGGCAGCCGAGCAGAUUACUCCUGAGAGCAAGAUUGCAUAUUGAAUUUGCACAACCAGAAGGGUACCGAAAAAGGCGUCCUCUUUUCACGGUUAUCGAGUCAAGACGACGCUGACUACUGAGUGAGUUUGUACUGUCCUGGCACAUUAAUGGAUCCUAGGGAUCCGUGGAAAUGGGUACACCCACAAAAGUGUGUGUGUACUGCGACACUCCAGAGCAGGGUUUCUCUAACGUAGGGGUGAGACCCAAAAUGGGCCGAAGUGAUAAUCAGGUUUGAAUAUCUUCUUCCUGUCUGUUAGGUUAAUAAUAAAGGCCGGCACAUCAAGCCUCCUUAGGUGACUGGUAAUUCAUGCUUAUUAGUAAGUAUGUGGCACAAACAAAGUCUUAGCACUGGAUGACACUCCUUACUGUAAAAACCUUUUUUUUUUUUUUUUGUAGCAAAACACAAGCAUUUUAUUCUAGGUAGGUGUUGUCAUAAUAUAAUGUAAAUAUAUGUACUAUUUGUUCAUGGCUCAAAGUUCAAUAAAUGACGCAGUGCCUUUUUGUAUUUUUUUUUUUUAUUGUAGUGUGAAAACAAGGUUUGGAUCAAAUGUAAUUUGUAAAAAACAAAACAAACAAAAAAAAAUGUUCAAGAGUUUUUACAUUUUUUUUUAUUGAUCACCAGUUGUUGAGUCAAAUAAAGUUCUGAUUAACCUUG